UUAAAAUUUAGUGGCAUAACUAUUCCAAUGGGAGGGAUCCCAGGACAGGAGAUGUUGCAUGUGUAACGAUUAUAAAGACGCAUGAGGCACAUAAGUGAUUUGGGGAUAUGUACACGACAUACAUUUAAUGGGAAUAUAAAUUAUGAUUUCUCUUGACUAAAAUAUAUCUAUUUAAUUCCAUGUGAUGGUCCAGUUCCAAUGUCAAUCCUUCCACUACAGAUAUGACCCGAUUAAGUUAUAUAAAUGUCAUAAAUUACACAGAACUAAAUCUCUGUAUACUUUGAAUACAAUGAAUGAAAACCAUAUAUCAUGGUCAUACUUCUUGCGGGUUUCCCAUUAUAUUCAGCCACUAAGGUUGAUUGUGUUUCUCAGAGCAGAUAUCUCCCUUCUCCGUCUACGGAGUGGUUGGAACGACGACUCAAACAAGCACAGUUGUAGAGUGGCUUUCUUAAAAUGUGGUGUUCACAACAAAAGAAUGCCUGAUGCAGGUGUGACCUAAUUUUCAUUCUUGCAUCUUUAACCCUUAACUACAUCACCAGUCAAUUGGCUGUGCGAACGUGUGGCUCAAAUAAAGAAACAUAAGCAUUUAAGAUACCAGGCACUGACAAUUUCACAUCACUACAUCCGGACAGUGAAGCAACCGUUUGAAUGUGUGUAGUUUUAGACGUGUUCCUGAUUUAAAAACGUCAUUCUGAGAGCGCACUGAUUUCCCCCGUGUGCGUUGAUCAAGGUUAAACCCCUCGGACCAUCUGGAGCGGCCCUGGCUUACGGAUGGGUAACUAAUAAUUGAGCGGGUAACUAAAUAUUCAAAAACACUACGUAAUCCCGGCGUACAUUGCUCCACCGUCUGCAUUACCUAAUCCCAGAAGCCAUCGCGGGGAGGGCGGGGACAUGGCAAGUUGUCAGGGCAACCUGCAUGUCAUUAAAACAUACCCCACCCACUCCGUCCUUCCCAGCCAAUCAGAGGCCGUAGAAAUGACAUCAUUGUUAUUUUCAGUAGAGCUGCAGCUUAGAGGUGGAUAAAGUUCGUCUCCACGUUGGAAGUGAUAGAAAGUAUUAUCGCCGUUCGGACCCGGAUUCGGAUUUUUUUUUGGGGGGGAAGGAAGAUCCGUCGAAGCGGGACCUUGAAAGUGUGAAAUACACCGAGGAACCGGCGAAGGGGGAAGAAAAGACGGGUUUUGUUGAUGAUCACGCCGUAACCAUAAAAAAAGUUUUCUCGGGACACGAAGUUGUCAAGUGAGUUGAACUUCAACAAUAGGCGGAUUCUAUCACAAGACGGUCGCGAUCGAGGGAGGCGCAGAGCACAUGUGUGUUUGUUGGUUUGUCGCAAUAACAGAAAGGAGAACAAACCUCAUUCAAGGUGAUUUAAAACUUUUAUGUCCAGAAAAAUGGAAGCGACGUUUUACGACGAAGCCGUGAAUGGCUCCGGCUCUCAGCAUGACGGGCCGACGGUGUAUGGGUUCAACCCCAAAACCCUCAAACAGACCAUGACGCUCAACCUCAACGACCCGAAAAACUUCAAGCCCCAGCUGAGCGCCAAGGCCCUGGACAUCCUGACGUCCCCAGACGUCGGCUUGCUGAAGCUCGCCUCGCCUGAACUGGAGAGAUUAAUCAUCCAGUCCUGCACCGGGCUGACGACGCCCACCCCGACCCAGUUCGUCUGUCCCAAGAACAUCACCGACGAGCAGGAGGGCUUCGCGGAAGGCUUCGUGAGGGCCCUGGCGGAGCUCCACUACCACCAGCAGCCCGCACCCCCCGCCGCCGCCUCCGCCGCCGCCGCCGCCCACGGUGACGCACAGACGGGCGCGAACAGCAGCAUGGGAUCCGGCUCCGCCGCGUCCGAGGGCGACGGGAUUCCCUUCAGCUGCACGGUGCGCAGCGACCCGCCGGCGUACACGAACCUGGGGGCGUUCAGCCGGGCCGCGGGUUCCGCGUCCGCACCUGCCGGCGAGAGGAACCCGCCGAUGAGCUACGCGUCCGCCCCGCACCCGUCCCACAGCAACAUGGACCACCUGGCGGCGGCGGCGGCGCAGCACUCGCGGCUACACGCGCUCAAGGAGGAGCCGCAGACGGUGCCCGAGAUGUCCGGCGACACCCCGCCGCUCUCCCCCAUCAACAUGGAGAAGCAGGAGCGAAUCAAAGCGGAGAGGAAGCGCAUGAGGAACAGGGUGGCCGCGUCAAAAUGCCGGAAAAGGAAGCUGGAAAGGAUCUCCCGGCUGGAGGACCGGGUGAAAAACCUGAAAUGCCAAAACACGGAGUUAGUUUCCUCUGCCAACGUCCUGCGGGACGAGCUGGCGCUGCUCAAGCAGAAGGUCAUGGACCACGUUAACAGCGGCUGCCAGCUCAUUUUGACGCAGCAGCUCCAGGCUUAUUAGACUACCAUGAGUGGGGGGGAAAAAAAACCCAGGGACAUUUCUUGUGGACCAAAUUCAAAUCCCUGCGUCUGUGUGACAUUAUCCACCAAAAUGAACCGCUCAAACUGAAAUCUAAGUUUCUACAAAUAGCAAGAAUGGACACUGAUGACAUACUUGUAAUUGCUCAGUGCGAUGAAUUAUUACAGAGCAGAGGCCAAUGGACAAAGCACAGGGGGCCGCAUAUGCUUCAAAUACCCCUCUGAUGUGGCUUAAGAGUUCUUUUGUUUUUAAAAUGCCCCACCCCCCACACUAAAAACUACAAUAUGUAUACGUUCAAAUCUGGGAAGCAUGGCAAGUGUCCAUACCUACAGCUAAUAUGAUAUUGUCCCAGGCAGCCUGGCGGUGUGACAGAGCAUGUGUGUGUGGGAUCAGAUUGCAAAUUGACAGAAAAAACAAAAAAAACAAUGUGUACGAGGCGUUUCCCUGCAACCCCCCACCACGAUGUCAAGUAGCAAUUUAUGCACAAAUACUUGAGUCCAGCACUGAGUAUCCCACCAGCGACUAUACAGCAUGACCAGAUCGACACUAACACAAAUCACACCUUUACGCGAGGACUCCUAUAGGGGUGUGUGUAGCGUUUCCUGACAUAACCUGCCUUACUUUCUUAACCCCUCUUUUGUUCAUACAACUUUGUGACAUAGAACUGAAGUAACCCUUUUUAAUAUUUGUACGCUGUCUUUUGAGCACUUCCGAACUGUAAAUAUGAUCAAAUAAAAACGUCGGACACGCGA